AUGGCGGCUACUGCCUUACUGGUAGAGGAGAGCAGGAAAUUAACUUUUGGAGGAGCCUUAAUAGUAAGCAAUCCCUAUCAGGUCAGGAGCAUACUAAAUCAAAGAACCAGGAGAUGGCUGACAGACUCCCGAAUUCUGAAGUAUGAGGCCAUAUUAUUAGAAAGGGAUGAUUUGGUUUUGACCACCUAUGGCUGCCUGAACACUGCCAGGUUUCUAUGGAAGGUAGAGGAAAACCAGGAAGCAUCCGAACACAACUGCCUAGACAUCAUGGAAUACCAAAUUAAGGUCAGGCCAAGCCUAAGUGAGGUCCCACUGCAUGACGGGGCCAAGCUGUUUGUUGAUGGGUCAUCCUGGGUAAUCGAGGAAAAGAGACAAAAUGGCUACGCUAUCAUUAAUGGAACCAAACAUUCCUUGUGUGAGGGAGGGAACGUGAACUACUCCUCUUGCCUCUCUAGGCAGAGGGCAGAAUUCACUAGACCUGUGGGAGAGCAGACAACCUGCACCAGUGUCUUAAAUGUCACCAAUGGGUCAAGUGUUGGCAAUUACUCAGCUCUCCACAUACCCCAGGCUGACAUCUGGUGGUUUGUGGGAAAAGGAACCUCCAUGACAUCACCAUCCAAUUGAACUGGGACCUAUGCCCUAUUUCAAUUGGCCAUUCCAUUCACCCUGGCAUUCCACCAGGUACCCAAAAAGAAUGAAAGUAAGCACCGGCAUGGAGAGAAUAGCAGAUCUUUUGACUCCAAUAUAUAUAUUGACUCAACAGGGGUUCCCAAUGAAUUUAAGGCCUACAAGCAGGUAGCCGCUAGAUUUGAGUCUGCACUCUUCUGAUGGUCCACUAUCAAUAAAAAUGUGGACUGGAUUAACUACAUCUAUUAUAAUCAGAAGAAAUUUAUCAAUUACACCCAGGAUGCUCUUCAGUGGGUAGCUAGUCAGUUGGAUGUCACUAGCCAGAUGGCUUGGGAAAACAGAAUAGUGCUAGACAUGAUACUGGCAGAGAGGGGUGUUUGUGUUAUGUUGGGAGGAAAGUGUUGUGCCUUCAUUCCCAAUAACACAGCUCCUGAUGGCAUAAUCACAAAGGCACUCCAAGGACUAACGACUUUGGCUAAUGAACUGGCCGAAAAUGCUGGCAUUGAUGACCCCUUCACUGGAUGGUUGGAAGAAUGGUUUGUAAAAUGCAAAGGCUUAAAGGCCUCGAUUCUUCCAUCUCUCAUCAUUGUAGCAGAAGUCCUGACAGUGAUAGGGUGUUGUAUUGUCCCCUGUGUAAGAGGAUUAGCACAGAGACUAAUUGAGGCAGCUAUUAACAAGCAGAUGCCCAUGACUUAUCAACAAAAUAAUUUGCUAUUAUUAGAAACCAAAUUAGAUUCACUCUCCUAUGAUGAGGAAAGUCAACAGGUUCUACAAUCUGAAAAGCAGAAAAUACAAGAGUGA